GACAACAACAUGGCUGGGAUCAAGUACUUUAAAAGUCUGCUGUUUGUGACUUUUCUUCUGUCUGUUUCUGAAGCAGAUACUGAAGUGAGCUGUGUUUUCAGUGAGAGCUGCAUGUUACCUUGUCAGUACCAGGUUGAUUCUGAUCCUCUCAUCCACUGGUACCACAUAUCAGAUGGAGAAUCUGUGGUUCAUUCCUACUAUAAGGACCAAGACCAGCUGGGAUUCCAGGUGGAGAACUUUAAGAACCGGACAUCCCUGUUUCAGGAUCAGAUCUCCAGAGGAAACGCCUCCCUGCUGCUGAGAGGAGUGAAGGUUCAGGAUGAGGGAAAAUACAAAUGCUACACCAGCACCACAAGAGGAUUUCAACAAUCAUUUGUUAACCUAAAAGCAGAAGCUCCGGUCUCUAAAGUCAUCAUCAAUCAGGAAAAAAACAGGAUCAUCUGCACCUCAGAGGGGAUCUACCCUGAACCUGAACUCACCUGGUCCACCGACCCUCCAUCCAACACCACCGCUCUAAAUAUAACAAGCAGCAUCCAGCAGACUGAAGAGAAGCUUUACAGCAUCAGCAGCUCUCUGAAGGUCUCAGACGUUGAUCCUUAUCUGACCUACAGCUGCACCGUCAGCACUCAGAGGAGCAGGAAGACAGUCACUUUUAGUGAAGAAGCAGAUACUGAGGUGAGCUGUGUUUUCAGUGAGAGCUGCAUGUUACCCUGUCAGUUCCCAUUUGGCUCUGAACCUCUCAUCCACUGGAUGCGAGUGUCAGCUGGAGACUCUGUGGUUCACUCCUACUAUAAGGACCAAGACCAGCUGGGAUACCAGGUGGAGAACUUUAAGAACCGGACAUCCCUGUUUCAGGAUCAGAUCUCCAGAGGAAACGCCUCCCUGCUGCUGAGAGGAGUGAAGGUUCAGGAUGAGGGAGAAUACAAAUGUUACAUCAGCACCAUGAGAGGAUUUGAAGAAUCAUUUGUUAACGUAAAAACAGAAGCUCCGGUCUCUAAAGUCAUCAUCAAUCAGGAAAAAAACAGGAUCAUCUGCAGCUCAGAGGGGAUCUACCCUAAACCUGAACUCACCUGGUCCAUCGACCCUCCAUCCAACACCACCGCUCUAAAUAUCACAACCAGCGUCCAGCAGACUGAAGAGAAGCUUUACAGCAUCAGCAGCUCUCUGGUGGUCUCAGACGAUGAUCCUCAUCUGACCUACAGCUGCACCGUCAGCACUCAGAGGAGCAAGAAGACAGCCGCUAUUAGAAAACCACAUGACCUAGAAACUUCACAUCAUGAUGAACCUGUUGCUGGGAAGGUGAUCAGUGGUGUGAUUGGAGCGGCUGUGACAGCAGGAAUCAUCGCAGUGAUUAUCUAUGUAGUAAAGAACAGACUACAAAGCGCCCUUCGUCCCUCAUCGUCUUCCUCACCGCCUUCCUCCGCCUCAAGCCAGCUGCUCUUCCCUUCCUCUGUGUCUGCCUACCUGCCUGUGUUCCCUCACAUCCGCCAGCUCCAGUCAUCACCUCACAUCUACUCCCGCUUGUGCGGCGGAGCGCUGCUCAACACGCUGCAGGUGUGCGCGCCCCGCUCACCUGUCAACUGGAGUCACCUGUGGAAGAAGCAGACAAGGCAGAACCGGCAGAAACUGCAUGGCUCUGCCUACUAA